AUGGUAAGCCUUGGAACCCAAAUGAAAUUCGCGGGCGCUGCGGCUGGAGCAUCCAGUGCCGUUGGCAAGGCCGCAGGUUCUGCCAAGCAAGCAGCAGGGGGCUCUAAAGGUGCUCCGAAGGCUGCCGAGUCCGACGAGGAGGACUCUGGAGUAGAGGAGGCUACGGACAGUGCAAAAAAGGACCACAAGAUUAAGGGAGAGAAGAAAGUGGAGGUGGGCGAGUGGAUGGAUGAUCUGAUGGAGGGCUUUGCAGAGCUCUAUCGGUUGGCCAUCAGUGGCGGCCAAAGCUGCGGAGACUGUGUCCGCAAGACCACCUAUCCCAUCAAGGAAUCGAUCCUGGGCGCCUACGAUGGCGUCUCAGCUCAGGUGAACCCAACGACUGGGGCCCGCGCUGCGGCCGGACGUUCUGCUGCAGCACCAACCUUUCGACACGAGUAG